AUGAGAUGGCGACGCUCCCCGCGCCGCUCCGGGAGUGCCGGCCCCCGGGCUCCGCGCCCCGGCCCCGUCGCCCGCUCGCCGCCGCCGCUGCUGCCGCUGCUGCUGUUGUGGACCGCGGCCCUGGCGCCGGGGGCGGCCGCCGGCGACAAAGCGGCUCCCGCGGGGGCCUCAGUGUGCUACUCGUCCCCGCCCAGCGUGGGCUCGGUGCAGGAGCUGGCUCAGCGCGCCGCGGUGGUGAUCGAGGGAAAGGUGCACCCGCCGCGGCGGCAGCAGGGGGCACUCGACAGGAAGGCGGCGGCGGGCGAGGCAGGGGCGUGGGGAGGCGAGCGCGAGCCGCCAGCCGCCGGCCGGGGAGCGCUGGGGCCGCCCGCCCGGGACCCGCUGCCCACCGCCAACGGGACCGUGCCCUCCUGGCCCAGCGCCCCGGCGCCCAGCGCGGGCGAGCCCGGAGACGAGGCGCCCUAUCUGGUGAAGGUGCACCAGGUGUGGGCGGUGAAAGCCGGGGGCUUGAAGAAGGACUCGCUGCUCACCGUGCGCCUGGGGGCUUGGGGCCACCCGGCUUUCCCCUCCUGCGGGAGGCUCAAGGAGGACAGCAGGUACAUCUUCUUCAUGGAGCCCGAUGCCAACAGCAGCAGCCGCGCGCCGGCCGCCUUCCGAGCCUCUUUCCCCCCUCUCGAGACGGGCCGGAACCUCAAGAAGGAGGUCAGCCGGGUGCUGUGCAAGCGGUGCGCUUUGCCUCCCCGAUUGAAAGAGAUGAGGAGCCAGGAGUCCGCUGCAGGCUCUAAACUCGUCCUUCGGUGCGAGACCAGCUCCGAAUACUCCUCUCUCAAAUUCAAAUGGUUCAAGAACGGGAACGAAUUAAACCGAAAGAACAAACCACAAAACAUCAAGAUACAAAAAAAGCCAGGGAAGUCAGAACUUCGCAUUAACAAGGCAUCACUGGCUGAUUCUGGAGAAUACAUGUGCAAAGUGACCAGCAAAUUAGGAAAUGACAGUGCCUCUGCCAAUAUCACCAUUGUGGAUUCAAAUGACCUCAUUACUGGCAUGCCAGUCUCCACUGAAAGAGCAUAUGUGCCUUCAGAGUCUCCCAUUAGAAUAUCAGUAUCAACAGAAGGAGCAAAUACUUCUUCAUCUACGUCAACAUCUACAACCGGGACAAGCCAUCUUGUAAAGUGUGCAGAGAAGGAGAAAACUUUCUGUGUGAAUGGAGGCGAGUGCUUCAUGGUGAAAGACCUUUCAAACCCCUCAAGAUACUUGUGCAAGUGCCCAAAUGAGUUUACUGGUGAUCGCUGCCAAAACUACGUAAUGGCCAGCUUCUACAAGCAUCUUGGGAUUGAAUUUAUGGAAGCGGAGGAGCUCUACCAGAAGAGAGUGCUGACCAUCACCGGCAUCUGCAUCGCCUUGCUUGUGGUUGGCAUCAUGUGUGUGGUGGCCUACUGCAAAACCAAGAAACAACGGAAAAAGCUUCAUGACCGUCUUCGGCAGAGUCUGCGGUCUGAACGCAACAACAUGGUGAACAUAGCCAACGGGCCUCACCACCCCAACCCGCCCCCCGAGAACGUCCAGCUGGUGAAUCAAUACGUAUCUAAAAAUGUCAUCUCUAGUGAGCAUAUUGUUGAGAGAGAAGCGGAGACAUCGUUUUCCACCAGUCACUACACCUCAACAGCUCACCACUCCACCACCGUUACCCAGACUCCCAGCCACAGCUGGAGCAAUGGGCACACUGAAAGCAUCCUUUCGGAAAGUCACUCUGUAAUCAUGAUGUCAUCAGUAGAAAACAGCAGACACACCAGCCCAACCGGGGGCCCACGAGGACGACUUAAUGGCUUGGGAGGCCCUCGUGAAUGUAACAGCUUCCUCAGGCAUGCUAGAGAAACCCCUGACUCCUACCGAGACUCUCCUCAUAGUGAAAGGUAUGUGUCAGCAAUGACCACCCCGGCUCGUAUGUCACCUGUAGAUUUCCACACGCCAAGCUCCCCCAAAUCGCCCCCUUCGGAAAUGUCUCCACCUGCGUCCAGCACGACAGUAUCCAUGCCCGUCAUGGCAGUCAGCCCCUUCGUGGAGGAAGAGAGACCUCUGCUUCUGGUGACACCACCAAGGCUGCGGGAGAAGUAUGACCAUCACCCUCAGCAGUUCAACUCCUUCCACCACAACCCCGCCCAUGAGAGCAACAGCUUGCCCCCUAGCCCCUUGAGGAUAGUGGAGGAUGAGGAGUACGAAACCACCCAGGAGUACGAGCCAGCUCAAGAACCUGUUAAGAAACUCACCAGUAGCCGGCGGGCCAAAAGAACCAAGCCCAAUGGCCACAUCGCCAACAGGUUGGAAAUGGACAGCAACGCAAGCGCUGAGGGCACUAACUCAGAGAGUGAAACAGAAGAUGAGAGGGUAGGGGAGGAUACACCCUUCCUGGGCAUUCAGAACCCCCUGGCAGCCAGUCUUGAAGCACCUGCCUUCCGCCUGGCGGACAGCAGGACUAACCCAGCAGCCCGCUUCUCGACGCAGGAGGAAUUGCAGGCCAGGCUGUCUAGUGUAAUCGCUAACCAAGACCCUAUCGCUGUAUAAAACCGAAAUAAACACAUAGAUUCACCUGUAAAACUUUAUUUUAUAUAAUAAAGUAUUCCACCUUAAAUUAAACAAUUUAUUUUAUUUUAGCAGUUCUGCAAAUAGAAAACAGGAAAAAAAACUUUUAUAAAUUAAAUAUAUGUAUGUAAAAAUGUGUUAUGUGCCAUAUGUAGCAAUUUUUUACAGUAUUUCAAAACGAGAAAGAUAUCAAUGGUGCCUUUAUGUUCUGUUAUGUUGAGAGCAAGUUUUGUACAGUUACUGUGAUUGCUUUUCCACAGUAUUUCAGCAAAACCUCCCAUAUAUUCAGUUUUUGCUGGCUUCUCGUGCAUUGCAUUCUGAUGUUGACGGGAUGUAUGAUUUGCAAGACUUGCAACUGUCCCUCCGUUUGCUUCUAGUAGCGCCCGAUCAGUACGUCUUGUAAUGGCACAUCCAUCGAAAUACUCUUCUUUUUUGUACGAAGUUUUCUUUUGCUUUCAGUAUAUGAAAUGAGUUGUGUCUCCUCUGCCAGCCAAAGGUUCGCUUCACUGGGCUCUGAGAUAAUAGUAGAUCCAACAGCAUGCUACUAUUAAUUACAGCAGGAAACUGCAUUAAGUAAUGUUAAAUAUUAGGAAGAAAGUAAUAUUGUGAUUUAAAAAAAAACUAUAUUCUUAAUCAGAAGACAGCUCGCUCUCGCGAAAAUGAGCUACCAUUUGCUUUAUUUGGGUUUAUUUUUCUUGACAAAGAGCAACAGUUUGGGGGACUAGCAUAGAAAAUGGAUUCUGGCUUGCUUUUCGGGGUAAACCCAUUACCUUAGCAGAGGACUCCACCUCAGUUUCGGGGGGAAUGACACAGCAGGUCAUCUAGUUGAAAAUCAAACCGUGGCAAAGAAAGGUGCAAUCGUUCCUGACUUGGGUUUCUCGUUGACUCGGGAGCUGGCCAUUGGUUGUGUCGUAUCAGCUCAUGAACAGAUGUGUUAUGGCACAAAAUGACCAUGAAAUGAUGGCACACUCAGCAUUUUGUGUGAAAUACUUCUGCCGUGAAAUACGCCUGCCAUAUGCGGUGAUGACUAGCCAUCCUAGGGAAAUAGGUCUGUUGUAGAGUGUCUAGAAGGAGUGAGUGUGUCUAGAAGGCACAGGUGUGACUUGGGUGCGGUCUUAAAUAGUUGUGUUGCCCUCGCCUUUCUCCUCAUGAUUUUCCUCUUGUUUUUUCAAUGUUGCCUUGAUCAG